UUCAUAAACAGCUCGUCAACCACCUCGGUAGCUUGCUAGCCAACAUAGCCGAAAGAUUCAAGCUAUUUAUACGCUUUCGGUGUAUAUUAGCUACUGUGUUUUCGACACACUUAGGUCGUAUCUACUUGUUAACCUAUUUAAUUUAAUAUUACGUUAUUUUGUAUUAGUCAGCUAUAGUAGCUGGCUGGUUAAGUUAGCACUAGCCUAGUCGCUAAUGAUAGCUAGCUAGCUAACAUCCCCGACCAUGAGCUCCCUAAACUACUCCCCUCUUGUUAAAGAAGAGGUGAUCUGCUGGACGGAGAAAGAAGCUCUGGGGCUGAACAUUGUCGUGAAAGAGGAGAAGGAAGAAGAGGAUAUCACAGUAAAACAAGAAGUAGAGGGUGAGGCUGUUACAGUGAAAGAAGAAGAGAAAGACGUUACAGUGAAAGAAGAGGAAGACGCGUUCAGAGUGAAAGAGGAGGAGGGUGUUACAGUAAAAGAAGAGGAGGAAGAGAAAGAGGUGGAGGAUGUUACAGUAAAAGAAGAGGAGGAUGUGAAAGAGGUUACAGUGAAAGAAGAGGAAGAUGUUACAGUAAAAGAAGAGGAGGAAGAGAAAGAGGAGGAUGCAGUUUUUGGUGUGAAAGAGGAGGAGGGGGAGAUUACUGUCACAUUGGAGGAAGAAGAGGAGGUUGGAGAUCCGUUUAACCCCAGAGAGAUACGGGACUAUCGUGGAUCCUCUGGGGCGCCUCAACAACCUCAUGAUGCUGACGAGGCAGAGAAGAGUCUCUCCAGAUCAGAACGCCUCAAUAAACACCUGCAGAGAUCCACAGGGAAGAGAACUCACUGCUGCUCUGACUGUGGGAAGAGAUUCACCUCAUCAGGCAUUAAAAUUCAUCAAAGGAUCCACACAGGAGAGAAAUCUUAUAGCUGUGAUCAAUGUGGGAAGAGUUUUACUAAAUCUGGCUCUCUGACAGUACACCAGAGAAUACACACGGGAGAUAAACCUUAUAGCUGUGAUCAAUGUGGGAAGAGUUUUGUUACAUCUAGCAAUCUGACUAUACACCAGAGAACACACACAGGAGAGAAACCUUAUAGCUGUGAUCAAUGUGGGAAGAGUUUUGUUACAUCUAGCAAUCUGACUAUACACCAGAGAACACACACAGGAGAGAAACCUUAUAGCUGUGAUCAAUGUGGGAAGAGUUUUACUACUUCUGGCUAUCUGACAGUGCACCAGAGAACACACACAGGAGAGAAACCUUAUAGCUGUGAUCAAUGUGGGAAGAGUUUUUGUCAAUCUAGUGAUCUGACAGUGCACCAGAGAACACACACAGGAGAGAAACCGUAUAGCUGUGAUCAAUGUGGGAAGAGUUUUACUACUUCUGGCUAUCUGACAGUGCACCAGAGAACACACACAGGAGAGAAACCUUAUAGCUGUGAUCAAUGUGGCAAGAGUUUUACUACUUCUGGCUAUCUGACUUUACACCAGAGAACACACACAGGAGAUGAACUUUAUAGCUGUGAUCAAUGUGGGAAGAGUUUUGUUAAAUCUGACCAGCUCACAGUACACCAGAGAAUACACACAGGAGAAAAACCCUUUAGCUGUGGUCAAUGUGGGAAGAGUUUUACUACAUCUGGCUCUCUGACUGUACACCAGAGAACACACACAGGAGAGAAACCUUAUAGCUGUGAUCAAUGUGGUAAGAGUUUUGGUCAAUCUUGCCAGCUGACUGCACACCAGAGAACACACACAGGAGAGAAACUUUAUAGCUGUGGUCAAUGUGGGAAGCGUUUUGGUCAAUCUAGCCAGCUGACAUUACACCAGAGAACACACACAGGAGAGAAACCUUAUAGCUGUGAUCAAUGUGGGAAGAGAUACUCUGGUAAAAGAUCUCUGAUCAAACAUCAGAAAAUACAUGAAGGAGUUUUUUCAUGAUAUCAAUGAAAUAAUUAAAUAAUGUCACAAUGUAGAUUAUUUUAACAUUGUAGUAGGAGUAUUUUGUAAUGAAUGUCAAUGUAGAACCCUAAAUGUUUGCCCCCUGUUCAAUUGAUUUUAGCCUCAGGGAAAAAAUCCAGGCUCUGAAUUGAAAGAGUUAUUAUUUAUGUGAUUUAACAAAAAGUGACUAACAAAAAAGAGUUGUGUUACACUUACCACGUUGGUGACCCACUUGAAUCACAAUGUAGCUAGCUGUUUACCACGUUGGUGACCCACUGGAAUCACAAUGUAGCUAGCUGUUUACCACGUUGGUGACCCACUGGAAUCAAAAUGCAACACUUCAAACUGUUUCUGCAUAUUGGUUAUUGAUUUGGACACGUUAAAACUGUGUUUUGACAUUGCACUAUUCCCAUUUAUCAAAAUGUCAUUCAAAAGACGUUGAAAAUAAGACUAUGCCUGACGUCCAAUAUAUGUUCUGUCCAGUAUAUGUUCUGUCCAGUAUAUGUUCUGUCCAGUAUAUGUUCUGUCCAGUAUAUGUUCUGUUGGAGUUGAAAGUGAAAGUUGAAAAGAUGUCUUUUCGGGUCGAUUUUUUUCAAUGACUUGAAAACUGCUUAAUUUCAACGUACUUGCAGCCGAUACACCUAUAAUCAAUUUUUAUUAACAAUC